AUGGUCAACUCGACAUUGACCCCCGAGCACAACAUUGCCACCACGAUCGAUGGCACCGAGUACAUUUACAACCUGGGCGACAUCGCCUGGAUCAUCGUGGCCACCGCCCUGGUCAUGAUCAUGAUCCCAGGCCUCGGCUUCUUCUACGCCGGCUUGCUGCGACGAAAGAACGCGCUGGCGAUGAUCUGGAUGUCGAUGUGCGUCUUUGCUGUCGUCAGCAUCGAGUGGUUCUUCUGGGGCUUCUCGCUAGCAUUCAGCGAAAAGGCCGGCCCAUUCAUCGGCAACCUCGACCACUUUGGCCUGAUGAACGUCGACAUCCAGCCGUCAGUCGGAGGCUCGACGAUCCCCUCGCUGCUCUACUGCAUUUAUCAGAUGAUGUUCGCCGCCAUCACGCCCGUCAUUGCAUGCGGUGCUUUCGCGGACCGUGCGCGCCUUGGCCCCAUCCUCGUCUUUGCGUUCUGUUGGUCGACCAUCGUGUAUAACCCGAUCGCCAACUGGACAUGGAACGUUGGAAACGGCUGGGUCAACAAACUGGGAGGCCUCGACUUUGCCGGGGGCACGCCCGUGCACAUUUCCUCGGGUACCGCCGCGCUCGCCAUCUCGAUCUUCCUCGGCAAGCGCCACGGCUACGGCACGGACACGCUCGCCUACCGACCGUACAAUGUCUCGUACGUCGUCCUUGGUACGGUCUUCCUCCUCUUUGGGUGGUACGGAUUCAACGGCGGCAGCGCGCUCGGCGCCAACCUUCGCGCAGUCCAGGCGAUCAUGGUGACCAACACGGCUGCAUGCAUGGGUGGCCUGACGUGGAUGUUCUGGGACUGGCGCCUGGAGCGCAAGUGGUCCGCCGUCGGCUUCUGCUCCGGCGUCAUCUCGGGCCUUGUCGCCAUCACACCCGCGUCUGGCUACGUCGGCACGCCCGCGUCGAUCGCAUUCGGCUUUGUUGGCGCGACGGCAUGCAACUUUGCCACGGGCCUCAAGUCGCUCAUCAAGGUCGACGACUCGCUCGACAUUUUCGCCGCGCACGCCGUAGGCGGCAUCGUCGGCAAUCUCAUGACUGGCCUCUUUGCCGACAACCGCGUCGCUUCCUUUGACGGCUCGGCGCUCAUUCCCGGCGGCUGGAUCAACCACCACUACAUCCAGCUGGCAAUCCAGCUGCUUGACUGCGUCACCGGCCUCGCCUGGUCGUUUAUCGUGACCAUGAUCCUCCUUUUCAUCAUCGACCGCAUCCCCGGCUUGCACUUCCGCUGCACCGAGGACGAGGAAAUCCUCGGUAUCGACCUCGCGCAGAUCGGCGAGGAGGUGCAGUACGUCCCCAUCGCGUCGGACCUCUCGUCCGAAGAGCGCGCCAACAUGGAUAUUGGCGCUAAGAUGCAGCACACGCCAAGCGAUUCGUCACAUGGCGAAAAGAUCCCGGAAGACCUCGAGGCUGCACAGCAAGUUUCGAUGCAAGCGCAAUGA